UGUGGACCUCAAAGGUCCAGCAGGUUCGUCGUUGCGUCGCCGGGCGGUCAGACGCCAUGUCGCUGCAGCGUGUGUGUGUGGCCGACUUCGAGGAGGAAGCCAAGCGAGUUCUCCCUAAAGCCGUGUACGACUACUACCGCUCAGGAGCUGAUGAGCAAGGCACUCUGGCUGACAAUGUCGCGGCCUUUAACAGGUGGCGCCUCGUCCCUCGGGUGCUGAGGGACGUGUCCUCCGUGGACCUGUCUGUCUCUGUUCUGGGUCAGAAGCUCAGCAUGCCGGUCUGUGCUGCUGCCACGGCGAUGCAGAGGAUGGCUCACCCUGAGGGAGAGACGGCGACAGCGAGAGCAUGCCGAGCGGUAGGCACGGGGAUGAUGCUGAGCUCCUGGGCCACCUCCACCAUAGAGGAAGUGAUGUCAUCAAUGGGCGCCUCCUCACCAGGCGGCGUCAUGUGGCUGCAGCUCUACAUCUAUAAGGACCGAGAGCUCACGCUCUCAUUGGUCCGCCGGGCUGAGGAGGCCGGCUACAAGGCUAUCUUUGUUACCGUGGAUACGCCAUACCUGGGAAGGAGGCGGGACGACAUGCGCAACCGCUUUAAACUGCCCCCACACCUCAGCCUCUCCAACUUCUCCUCAGCCUCUCUGGCGUUCUCUGAGGAUAACUACGGCGAUGACAGUGGUCUGGCUGUUUACGUUGCUAAGGCGAUAGACCCCUCCCUCUCUUGGGAUGACAUCACAUGGCUGAAGAAACACACACACCUCCCUGUGAUUGUGAAAGGGAUAGUUAAUGCUGAUGAUGCAGCACAGGCUGUGACCUAUGGUGUCGACGGCGUCCUGGUGUCCAAUCACGGAGCUCGGCAGCUGGACGGCGUCUCGGCCACGCUGGAUGUGUUGGAGGAGGUGGUGCAGGCGGUGCAGGGGCGCUGUGACGUCUACAUGGACGGAGGAGUGAGGCGGGGCACCGACGUCCUGAAGGCCCUCGCCCUGGGGGCCACGGCCGUGUUCAUCGGCCGCCCCGUGCUGUGGGGCCUGGCCUGCCAGGGGGAACAGGGAGUAACGGAGGUUCUGGAACUUCUCAAAGCGGAGCUGCGACUGGCGAUGGCCCUGACAGGUUGUCGCUCUGUGUCAGAGGUCAGCAGGUCACUGGUCAGGAAGGUGGAGUUUCCCUCCAGGAUGUGAGGAGGACACAACGUUCAUGUUCAAGUCCAGAAGAGAACGACACGUGAACGACACGCGAACAACGUGAACAACACGCGAACAACGUGAACAACACGUGAACAACACACGAACGACACGUGAACAACACGCGAACAACGUGAACAACACGCGAACAACACGUGAACGACACACGAACGACACACGAACGACACGCGAACGACACGCGAACAACGUGAACAACACGCGAACAACGUGAACAACACGCGAACAACGCGAACACCGUGAACAACACGCGAACACGUGAACAACACACGAAUGACACACGAACAACACGCGAACGACACGUGAACAACACGCGAACAACACGUGAAUGACACGCGAACAACGUGAACAACACGUGAACGACACACGAACGACACACGAACGACACGCGAACGACACGUGAACAACACGCGAACAAC